GUGCGUCACAGCCACAUACCCUCGCCGUUGCAUUAAACGCUGACGGACUUGAAGAUAUCCUUAAGAAUGAAAGGUUUGAGAACUUUUACGGCUUAUACCCUUGCUCUAUUAUUCUUGGCAACAUUCGUUUCUCAGUCCUGGAGUGUCCCGAAGGAUAGCUUUCAGCGAAGAAACUGGACUCCCCAGGCGAUGCUGUACUUGAAGGGCGCGCAGGGACGACGUUUUGUGUCUGAAGACAGAAAAGAAGGGAACAUGUAUGAUGCCAUUCAUUUAGAGACACGCAGUCAGAACACAGAACAACGCAGAGUGUCCCAGGCAGCAUCAGUGCUCCUCGACUUUCUCCAGCAGGCCAGAGAAGAAGCUGAUGAGAACCAGGAACAAGUCUACUUGCAAGAUCUGCCUGCUUGGAAAAGAGAAUACUUCAAAUAAUGCGUCGACUGAUUAAUCUUUAUAGUAUUGAAUGUAUUUCAUUUUUAUUUAAUUGUGUAAUGUAAUAAAACUGGAUUAUGUGGUGUAGCAUUGGAUGUUUUGAAUGUACUAUUAAAGCGCAUUUGCAUUCAAUACAACACAUUUUAUUGUAAAUGAUUGUUAACCAGUAUUAUACAGUCAGGGUGCUUUCAGUAGAAUUAGAGUUUGCUUCAUGUGUGCUGACAUCUCCCUGAACAUGUGGUCAAUCCUGACAAAGAUUCAGACAAAGAAAAUGGUGAAUACAUAGUUCAAGUAUGAAAGUGCCCCAAUAUUACGCUCCAGAAUUAUUUGCCAAAUUGCCACAUGUUAUAGUGUGCUAUGAACCAACAGCAAAAGUGCACUACAGGGCCCAUAACCAUUUCUGGAUCAGGUUACACGUUCACUUUAA